CAGAGGAGAGGAGCGGCCGCCAUGUUAACCAAGAAGCCCGGAGCCUCGGUCCUCCCGACGGGCAAAGUGGGCGAGCCGGUCUACUCUCCUGGUCACAGCGGCUCUCAGACGACAUCACCCAUCGCUCUACCUCCGCUACGCAACAUCAACCACAACCCCCUGACGGGAGGCUCUAAAGCCGCCAUGUCGGACGCUGUGCAGCUGUCGUCGCAGUCGCAGGUCCACGUCACCCAGCUAUACGAGGAGAACACCAACAAGCGUCCGGUCCUGACCUCCCAACCCAACGGCCUGGCUCCGCUCAGCUCCACCCGGCCGGGCCUGCCCCUGCCGGACCGCCAGACCUCGGCCUCGGAGCCCUCCCAUCACCUCCGCCAGGGCAGCGCCGCCUCCACCAAGUCUGCGGACACUAAGCCAAAGCCCGCCGCCCUGACGCCGGACCAGUCCAUGAAGCAGUUCAUGGCCAAAAUGUCGUCGUUCGAACACCACGAGGUUUUCAACUAUCCUGAAGUGUAUUUUGUUGGUCCGAAUGCCAAGAAGAGAUCAGGAGUCAUGGGCGGAGCCAACAACAGCGGCUACGACGAUGAUCAGGGAUCCUACAUCCACGUCCCACAUGACCACAUCGCCUACCGCUACGAAGUCCUGAAAGUCAUCGGCAAGGGCAGCUUUGGACAGGUGGUGAAGGCCUUCGACCACAGAUCGCAGACCCACGUGGCUCUGAAGAUGGUCCGCAACGAGAAGCGUUUCCACCGGCAGGCGGCGGAGGAGAUCCGCAUCCUGGAGCACCUGAGGAAACAGGACAAAGACUCGAGCAUGAACGUCAUCCACAUGCUGGAGAACUUCACCUUCCGAAACCACAUCUGCAUGACGUUCGAGCUGCUCAGCAUGAACCUGUACGAGCUCAUCAAGAAGAACAAGUUCCAGGGCUUCAGCCUCCCGCUGGUCAGGAAGUUCGCCCACUCCAUCCUGCAGUGUCUGGACUCGCUGCACAAGAACCGCAUCAUCCACUGCGACCUCAAGCCCGAGAACAUUUUACUGAAGCAGCAGGGACGCAGCGGCAUCAAGGUCAUAGAUUUUGGUUCCAGCUGUUAUGAACAUCAGAGAGUUUACACCUACAUCCAGUCCAGGUUCUACAGAGCGCCGGAAGUCAUUCUAGGCUCACGGUACGGGAUGCCUAUCGACAUGUGGUCUCUGGGUUGCAUCCUGGCCGAGCUCCUGACUGGCUACCCGCUGCUGCCGGGCGAAGAUGAAGCAGAUCAGCUGGCCUGCAUCAUCGAGCUGGUGGGCAUGCCCAGUCAGAAGCUCCUCGACGCCUCCAAGCGAGCAAAGAACUUUGUGUCGUCCAAAGGUUACCCGCGGUACUGCACUGUUACGACGCUGCCCGACGGCACCACCGUGCUGAACGGCGGGCGGUCGCGGCGGGGGAAGGUACGCGGCCCGCCGGGCAGCAAGGACUGGAGCGCGGCGCUGAAGGGCUGCGACGACCCGCUGUUCCUGGAUUUCCUAAAACAGUGUCUGGAGUGGGACCCGGCGCUCAGGAUGACGCCCAGCCAGGCGCUGCGCCACUCGUGGUUGAGGAGGCGACUCCCGAAACCACCGGCGGGAACCACCACGGGGGAGAAGACCUCCUCGUCCAAACGGGGAACCACAGACGGCGGCAUCACUUCCAUCUCCAAACUAACCGCCACCUCUGCAACCACAACGUCCUCCUCCUCCAAAACCAGGACUAACUUGGCAGCGAUUACCGACGCCAACGGAAACAUCCAGCCUAGGACGGUUCUGCCAAAGCUGGUCAGCUGAGAGUGAAUGCACCCCGCUCGCUGUGGUGGGAAAUGAAACGUGAGCUUAAAACCAGCUUGGACCUGAAUAAAACUGGUGUGUCCAGUUUUGAAGAGCGUUUUGUUUUGGGUUUUUUUUUUUUUUUUAAAGCUGGUUUUCACAGCGUUGGGGUGCGUUCAGGACAAAUGCAGCCAUGGAAACGUGGCGUCGGGUAGUAUAUAAUAUGCAGAACGGGCCAGGCGGGGGAUGUGUUCAUGUAGGUGAGCUGAAGGAAAUCUGAUGAUGAUGAUGAUAAACUGUGGUGUAUUCAGACUCCUCAAAAAAACCUCAGUCCGGUCUGAAAACAGCAGCAGUUGUUUCAUAAUGUGAGCAGCGACCACAUUAACACUUUAAACAGACUGUUGAGCUGCUCAGACAAUCAAAAAAACAACACAACCGCACCGCUCUGUAGCUGCAAAACACAUCUAACACAUCUUAAAUCAGAAAUACAUGGUGCUGACGGAGGGAACAAGGCUGGGGUUCGUUUGUUUUUUUAAUGUUUUAAACACAUAAUUUAUAUAAAUGAGCUAAAAAGUUGAUCGAUUAGACACCAAAAAAAUCAUUUUCACACAUGA